GAUUGAAGCCGCUCGAUGUCCCGACGUGGUUGUGGCACAAAUAGACCCCAGAAAACUGAAAAAGAAGCAGACAGUAAACGUUUCAAUUUCUGGAUGUCAGCCUGCUCCUGAAGGAUACUCCCCAACACUCAGGUGGCAGCAGCAGCAAGUGGCCAAUUUCUCAGCUGUUCGUCAGAGCCUGAACAAGCACAGAAAUCACUGGCGGUCACAACACUUGGACAGCAACGUUACUAUGCCAAAACCAGAGGAUGAAGAAGGCUGGAAGAAGUUCUGCCUGGGUGAAAGAAUAUACUCAGAAACAGAUACACUAUCCGAUAAUUUAAACCUAGGAAUUGAUUACACAAAGGUGGGCUUUCCACCUUUGCUAAGUAUUGUAAGCAGGAUGAAUCAGGCAACAGUAACCAGUGUCUUAGAAUACCUGAUAAGCUGGUUUGGAGAGAAACAAUUUACUCCAGAACUGGGUAGAUGGCUUUAUGCACUGUUGGCAUGCCUUGAAAAACCUUUGCUACCUGAAGCUCAUUCCCUUAUUCGACAGCUGGCAAGACGAUGUGCAGAAGUCAGGGUACUAGAGGAGAACAAGAAUGAAGAAAAUAUGUCAGCUCUGAACUUGAUAAUCUGCUUAGUUAGCAGGUACUUUGAUCAACGUGACUUGGCUGAUGAACCUUCCUAGGCUUUUGUGGGAAUAUCCAGCAUUUUGCAUUGCCAUAAUACAAACAGCAUUAUCCGAGUUACCAGAAGAGACUGCACUGGUCAGACCUGAAGUAGUUCACAAUCCCUUCAGAACACCCUCACAAUAAUGCAUUUGGGACAGCUAUGAAUGACUUAAGCUGAGCUUUAGCAUGAGAUUGUCAAUGUCUCUGAUACCAUUGUCACCAUCAUCCUAAAAUGAUAAAUGAAGUGUCUGGCAUCAUCUCUCAAGCUCCUGUCUUUGUAAACUACAUUCUUGGUGAAAACUUUCUACCAUCUGAGUGAUCCUGUGGACAUUGCUAUUAGGUGAAGUCUGAGGUUACAUUACAAGAUUGUUCUUUUUCUAACAGAGGUAUCGAGAGCUUUUGUAAUAAAAAAGGAUUUUAAAGAGUGUUCUUAAACAUUGUUUUUUCUCAUUCUUCAUACUAUAUAACAUCAGCCUUAUUACAGAAAUCCACACAGCUAUGCCUGAAUGUGUUUUUUCAAGUGGUGUUAACUGACCCUAAGCACUGCUAAGCAGUUCAACUACAGCCACUAAGUUACUGAAACAAUUGUUUUACUAA